AUCCAACCCUUGUCCCGCUCUUCCUGUUACGGUUCAAUCUCAAACCGUCAGGGAAAUUGCAAAGCUCACCGCUCAAACGCCACCCAAAAUGACACCAAACCAGUCAACCAGUGACCACCACGCAACACACACAUGUCUUCGUCGCACACAGAAUGGCACACACACACACUCUUGGACUACCAAAAUUGCCAAAGCUCCCAUCUCGUGCCGUCCAUCUUCAGACGACACCCAAUCAACCAGUUACAGAGUCAAUAUAAAGUUGCGACGUGCGUAAUUUUGAGUUGACGAUAGCGAGAAGAGUACGAAUGCAGAACUCAACUUUGUCUCUUAGAC